UCCCACAUCACCGCCCCUUCACCACCAGUAGGAGACACCCAACGGGCUGAGAGCGAUGGCGGUGCGGCAACGAGGCGCUGCCGGCACGAAAGCGCAGGAAAAGAGGACGCAGGACAUCUCUCCACAUGGCAUAGGUGACAGUGAGGAGCGAAGCAAGGCUACACAGAGCUCGAGUCCGGCUAGGAUCUGGAUCAAGGUUCUUUCGGGGCUUGUCAGCCUUGCCUGUCUCAUCUAUGUGGCUCGUUCGCUCCUCUUCAACGGCGAGAGCAAUUCGCAACCUCCCUCGAAAACGACAACUGCUAAGCGUCUUCCCUAUGAGCUGGCAAUCAGGCCGAUCGCCAAGCAUCCAGUCUUUGAUGCCGACGAGGAGAAGCUUCAGGCCGUCCUCGAGGCUUUUGACGAUAGCUGGGCUGGCUACGUCGAAGAUGCGUUUGGGUUCGACGAGUACCACCCGCUGACAAAGGAAGGGAGCAACUUUUCAAAAGACGGCGGCGUCGGCUACUUUAUCGUGGACGUGCUGGACAUGCUUCUCUUGACCGACAGACGCAAGGAGUACGAGCGAGCGAGGGACUGGGUGCGCGACGAGCUGCGGUGGAGCGACAAGUCUGGCAAAUUCAGCGUCUUUGAGACAACCAUCCGUACGCUGGGUGGCCUCCUCAGCGCGCAUGCCCUCUGCGGUGGCUCGGAUCCAUCGCAAGCUUCGCCGCUCUGCGCGCCAAGCGAUGCUGACUUGUUCCUCGAAAAGGCGCUGGACCUCGCAGAACACCUGCGACCGGCAUUCGAGGCGACAAAGACGGGCAUGCCCCUUCGCGAAAUCGACUUUGCUACCGGCGAAGUGUUUGCCGACGUCGACAACAAUGGCGCAGCCAGCUUGGCAGAAGUGGCUACCGUUCAACUCGAAUUCAAGUACCUGGCCCACCUCACGGGUGACGAUACAUGGUGGCACCUUGCUGAGCGGCCGAUGCAGGCGUUGCUCUCUUCGACCAGGCAGGCGGGCCUUGAAGGCAUCCUUCCCAUCUUCAUCAGCCCGAGCACGGCAGAGUUCUACAUGUCGGAAAUCCGCCUGGGUUCACGAGGCGACUCGUACUACGAGUACCUCAUCAAGCAGUAUCUACAGACAAACCGAACCGAGUCGAUCUACAACGACAUGUAUCGCGGCGCAGUACAGGGCAUCAAGCGACGCCUCAUCAAGACAUCCAAGAGCCGCAAGCCACCGCUCCUGUUUGUCGCCGAGAUUGGGUUGCGAAGGCUUUCACCGCAGGACAGUAAGCCUUCGUUUGUCACCGUGCCCAAGCAGGACCACCUGGUCUGCUUCAUCGGUGGCAGUUUGAUGCUCGGAGCAGUCUACUCGGGCGACCCUCGUCGGCCUGGCGCUGGGCGCCCCGAGGGCGACUUUCACACGAUGGACGCCUCUUCGCUCCACAGAGCUGGAGCAGCCUACCCACCCAGCUCUCUCGCGGCUCUUUCUCGCCUCUCUGCCACGAGUCUUGAGGAUUGGAGCCUGGGCAGCGAGCUGACGAAGACAUGCGUCACGACGUAUCGCGAGACUUCGACGGGCCUGUCACCCGAGAUUGCAAUGUUCAGACAAGAUGGCGAUGGCGUCGAUGACAGACUCGGAGAGGACUGGUAUAUCAAGAAAUCGCUUAGCAAGUGGCAACCCUUGAUUGACGCACGCAACAUCUUGCGACCCGAGACGGUCGAGUCUCUCUACAUUGCCUUCCACCUCACCGGCGAUCCAAUCUAUCGGCAAUGGGGCUGGGAAAUAUUCAUGGCCUUCCGCGACGUGGCCCGCGUGCCGGACGGGCACAAGUCUGGACGGGCAGGCGUCUAUGCUGGCAUCAGCGACGUCAAUGCAGACCCCAAGGACCCAAAAUUCCUGAGGGAGAACAAGAUGGAGACCUUCUGGCUGGCUGAGACGCUCAAGUACCUCUACCUGCUGUUUGCAAGCCAGGACAAGGUCCCGCUCGACCGAUGGGUCUUCAACACCGAGGCCCACCCGCUGCCCGUCUUUGAGCCUCACUUCGAUACUCAUGUCGCGUAGGCACAUGUAAAAAGACAAUCUUCUUCCAGACCGUUCGGGACCAUACUCGGCGUGAUCUUGCUCGGGCCCUAGGAAUCGCAUGCAUGCUGAGCUUAAUGUAUGAGAUUGACGACCACGUGGAAGCUC